UUGCAAGUUUUAUCUUAUUUACACUACACUACUACAAGAACAAAUUACACCUUAUGACAUAACCAUACAGAAGAUCGUAUUAUUGCGUUUCAUAAACAAAAAUGUAUUCGUUUUAUUAUUAAAUCAAAAUAUCAUAAUCCUUGACUGGUAAGCGUUUAAAAGUUAUACUUGAAUUUGUAAUAUCGUGCUAAAGUUAGUCAAAAGUCAAGAGUGUUCGUUGUGUGAUACUGAGUUUUAUUUUCAUUUCACUUUACCAUGUUCAUAUUAAGUUGAAUAAUUUAAGAUGGAAACGCAAAUUUCGAGAGGUUGGAAUGAAAUUCCAAACGUCGUAUUAGAUCAAAUCUUCGCUUACUUAUCUUGGCCCGAUAAAGUGAAUGCUUCCUCAACUUGCAAACGAUGGAGGUGUGGUUUGUAUCAUCCGUGUUUUUGGAAAUCCAUAUCUUUUUCUUUAAAAAUGAUGAAUAAAGAUAAAGAAGAAAAAGCAAAAUAUUUCAUGCAUACGUUUGGAAAAAUUGUUAGAAACGUUGAUAUUUUAUUCGAUUCGUUGGAUCCGAUGAGUUCACUUUUAACAGACGAUCUUCUAAACAUAUUGUCUGGCAAUACACAGCUAAAUAGAUUAAUGCUUAUUCCUAAUCAUUGCGCAUUGUAUCCUUCCAAAAACAACUCAUGCAAUGCUUCAGUUCUCAACUCCAGUCGGAUGUACCAUCAUAUUUUGACAAUACUUACGAAAACAGAUAAACUGGAAGAAUUGAGUAUCGGUUGUCUACAUGAUCUGAUUGUAUAUUGUAAUCAGAUAUUAAAAACUAUCGCAGAUCAUCAUUCGAAAACCAUUAGAAUUUUGGGUAUUGCCUCGAUGAAGUACGAUCCUGAAGAAUACGUGUACGAUUCGUUAGACUUUCACUAUUUGAAAAAUUACGAAAAUCUUCAGGUAUUAAGUGUCAACUACGAUUACGUUAACGAUGACUUUCUCCAAGUGCUAUGUAGUUGUUCUUCGCUGAAAAGAAUCAUUAUUCAUAUCCAUAGUAAUGUACAAGAUCAUCCGGGUACCACUGAUGCCAAAUGGACAGAAUUAGUUAAAUAUUGUCCUAAUGUUGAACUUCGUUUGAACGUGAUACACGCUUAUUACGCUGCUUUGGAAUUAGAAAAAACAAUUCUCAAAAAAGCCAUGCCAUUAACUCAUUUGAGACUUUUCUUCUGCGAAACGCUCAACGAUAAUGCAUUGAACUCAUUACAUAUGUAUUCAAAUUCACUUCGUAGCUUGUGGUGGGUUGAUUCACCUGUGUACUCUGAUAGCGAUGUUUUAGUGAAAGAUGAUUUCAAUAUGGGAAAUAUGAACCCGUUCAUAUUUGCAUCUUGGAGAUGUGUUAACUUGGAGGAGAUUGUUCUCAUUGGAUAUAAGUAUUUUGUGGAUGAUCUGCGUGCUAUUUCUCGUUUACGUGGCAACGUUUUAAAGAAUUUGGUUGUAUUACGAUCAGAAAUGAUGGAAUCGUUCGAUGACACAGCUUCUCCAACUACCACAUCUAAAGAAAUAGAACAGGAGGUAUCUGAAUGCAUGGGGAAAUCUUGGAAACCAAUGAAGAAGAAGGAUGUUCACCCUGUUAUAUUUCAUCCCGAUAAAUACGAUUCAGAUGAGUAUCUUAUACCAAUUUUAUGUAAAGACCUUGAAUUAUGAAUUGACGCGUUUUAGCUGCAGCUCUAACGUGUUUUUUAUUCCCAGAGGUUUCGUCAUCGAGUAGAAAUUAUUAUUCUCCUACCUCCUCGAUUCUGAAAUAAAAAGCAGAAUGAUUUUUAUUUUACCCAUCAUUAUUGAUUUUUCCCUUUCUAUCUUGGCUGUUAUGUUAUUAUUUUCCUCGAACAGUUUGUGUAUUUGUUUUAUAUUAUUUUAGUUUGCGUUUUAUUCAAGCGAAGUAAUUUUUUUCAUUUCUUGAAAAUUUUUUAAAAUCUUAACACUAUUGAAAAAUAGUAAAACAAAUGAAGCAUACAAAGUAUGCGACAGUAGAAAGAUUUAUUGAUUUAAUGACGAAGUGUGACUUUCGACCAGUUAUCGUUUCUUUACAAGUUCCUGUUUGUUAAUUUUUUUUAAUAAUCAUCCUAUUGUUUUUAUUUUAUUUAUGUCAGCUAAUAAUUUCUCAUCGCUGACUUUUUUUUUGUCCUAUUGAUCAUCGGAAGGGAACGCGUUUUCCGAAUGAAAUAUUGUAACGUGAAAUUAUUGUUUUAAUGUUGAUAAGUGUUACAAGUAUUUUGAAUUUAUUAUUUUACAAUGACAAGAUCUCAUCGAAGCGCUAUUUUAUUUGUAACCAGUGGUUAUCUAUGUUUUUCGUUGUUCACUUUCCAUCGUAAGAAGUUUUUUUUUCUCAUUAGUCGAACAGAAAUAUUUAUUUUUAUUCAAUAUCUUACGUCGUGCUGCGGUAUAUAAGACACAAAUUCGCAAUUUUUCAGCUUCUUUUGAGAAAUUUUUAAAUUAACCAUUAACGUAACUCAGGUUUUUUCACAUUGUUUGUAAUUUUUCUCUCAUUUUUUAAAGAAGAAGAAAAAAAAGAAGCUGAAAAACGAGGAUUGUAAAAGUAACUUUUUUCUUCGCGUUUCGUCGUAAAAAAUUAGCUAGUUGUCAACUAGUGAUGAUUUAAAUUUGAGUUUUUUGUUUAAAUUUCUAACGAUUAUUAUUUAUCAGUGUUCUUGACGUUUUUGAUGUUAGUCUACGUAGCUUGCAUAUUUUCCAGGGAUUGGUUUGAAGAAAUUUUCGUUGUGUUUUCUGCAUUUUGUGUAUGAUGUGUUGUACUAUUAUGUACUUAUGUAUACGUACAUAUUGACAGGUACAUCAUUUUUUGGACAAUUCAAACCUUUCUCUGCUAUAGGUACGCUUUUAAAAUGACUUUGUUGUUAUCAUUUUUUGUAUACAUGAUUAUUUAUGUGGACCAAUAUGGACGAUCGGGUAAAACCCAUUAUUUUUAAAUCAUAUAUGUUUCAUUUUCCCAGUUCUAUCUCGGCGAGAUUAUAGGUUUCAAAACGUUCGACUCGAUUUACCAUUACCGACGCUGUGAACCACUCAAAACUGAAAUAUCGAUUGUUAAUUUAAUAGUAUUAGAAUAUGUACUUGAGAUUAUUCAAACAAUCGGCGUGUUUUCAAAAUUGAAACAGCAAUGGAAAAAACUGUACAUUUUUCCAUCACAUGAAAGUUUGUGGUUUGAGAAUUACACCUUGGAUGAUAAUGAAAAUUCCAUCGUUAAGAUAUCGAAAUUAAUUUGUCAAUUUCUGGUUUCAAAUUGCUGAUAAUUUUACGAUAGCUUCGUUAUUUAUGCAGUUUAUUGUUCUGUUUUCGAAACUGAUGAAAAAAUUCAAGGCUUGGCGUAGCUUUGAAAUUAUUUUGGCUCUUUCCCUGUGACCCUCAUUUGUGUGGUUCACGAUACGGUAAUGGUAGCCAGAAGUUGAAAGGAGUAAUUUUGAAACCAGGAUUUUUUGUAGAAUUGUUUAUGUUACCUAAUUUGAGACAAUUUUUUUUCCUCGCAUUUUCCUGUGGGGAGAUAUUCGAAUUUUCGCGCAACUCAUCAGACGUUAACUUUUAUCUCGUCUUCAAUGUUGAAAAUCUCGGUAUUAUUUGAAAUCGAUUAUUCUAUGCGACAUUUUUGUAAAACUUUCACACGAUCCGAAGUUCAUUCAAUCGAAAUGAAUAAUUAAGAUGAUUUGACACACAUUACCGCAGCAUACUUAAAGGAAACAGAUUUGGAAAGUGUGCAAUUUGAUUUGUUAUCUUUUUAGAAACAUUGCGUGUUUUGUUUCAACUCGGAGAUGUCAAAUAUUAUUAUAUUUGUUUAUUUGUAUUGUUUAUCAAACCGACUGUUACCAAAUUCAUUAUUUCCAUCUUCCGAACUUUACUGUGAUAUGUGUAGCGUUUUAGUCUAGGAACAAGGUAUUGUGAAUAACUAUUAUCAUUCGUUUUACAUUCAUAAAGUUUUUAAACGUUAUCCCAAUGUAAAUGAUAUUAAGAAAUAAUUUUUCGAUCAUAUUAAGAUAAAAAAUGGCAUUUGCAUUGUUCGAAAUGUGAGCUACUUUUAAAAUUUGGUCAGAGAACAUUUUUCAUUCGUUCGUCGACAAUUUGUAAGAUUUUGCAAAAUUCUACUCUUAUGCCAUUUUUCAUCUACAUGUUCGGCCCUUCGGUGUUUACCAAGAAUGUGAUUUUUCAGAGCAAAAUGAUCAAUGUUACCAACCUUUUUUAAUUACUAUACGUAUAUGAUAGGACACUCUGUUGCCGAAAAAGUACCUAAUUUUGUAUGCAUUAACAUGUACAUGUGGUAUUGUUUUUCAUGGAAUCAUUGUGGUUGACAAACAUUUUAUAAAGCUUAGAAUAUUGAAAAUGUUGUACCUUAUGAACGAAUUGGAUGGUAUUUUGCGACACUUACUCAUUUUUCGUUGGUACUUAUUAUAAAUUUGAAGUUUGUGCAUCGUGAUAGACGAAAUUAUAGUGUGAUGUUUAGCUUACGAUUACGAGUCAAGUAGAUGGUAAAAUUGAAGUAUCUGCUUGGCUUAUUGUUAGAUUUGUUUCAUUUCUUCAAAUUAAUCGAUUAAUUUCAUGACUCGCGAAGGCUUCGAAUUAUUAAUUAAUUAUGACUAUUGUAAAUAAGGUUGCUCUAGAAAAGUUUCAGUGUUACAGGUGAAACUGCAACGAGUGGAUCUUCGAAGAUUCUGACUAUAUUAUUUGUAUAUUUCAUAUAUUUCAUGCAUUGCAUGUAACCAUACUUUUUUUUUUUUUUUUUAAUUUUGCAAAAAGCAUUAAACAAAUUAUGAAAACUUCAAGAGUCAACAUUCAAUUUGCAAUUUCACAUCUGAAACUUGAUUUUGAAAUUUUAGCGUUCAUCACGAUAAUGUUAUUGUUAUCUUUAGUUUAUGUGAUUUGUUGCUUUAAUACACUAAUACGCAGCAUUAAAUUUAAAGCAUAUAUUAUGUCCUCUAAAAUUUAAUACCUACGAUGAUUUUAAAAAGUCGCAUCAUACCCCCCAAUAAUACAUAUGUCAAUUUAAAUCAUUAGAUACUAAGUAAAGAUGCAAAUUGAAAUGAAAAGAAAACUCUUUUAUACAUACUAUGAAAUGUUUGUCAAAAGCAUUUAAUUUUAUUAAUAAUUACGUCUUGUUUGCAACGUGUAAACACACUUUUUUAUUUAAUUACGAGACUGUGGUAUUUUAUUGCUAGUCGUAAACACAAUUAUUUUUCCAUCGUGUUAUUUAUUUUACCUUUACUUUUUUUUGUAUUUACCUAACUCUUUUUUGGUAUAAAAAGAUGAAAUUAUACUUAUAACUGUAACAUCAUUCCUGUUUGUUGUUAAUGGUACUUUUAUAUUACGAACAUACUUAUAUAAGAUCUUCACGAAUGGAAUAAAUCAAGUUUGUGAUCAUGACCUUUGUUUGUUAUUGCAAUAUAUUAGAUAAUAUAUUAAUUAAAAUGAAACCCUAUAUCGUAUAAAUUAUAUAUCGUAAAUAUAUUUCUGUUGUGGUAAUUUUAAGGGUUCAAAACACUAGGUAUUAUUAUAAUAAUUCGAUGUUGCAUAAAUACAUAUGUAGUCGAAUUUACAUAUACAUAAAUAACGUUUCUGGUCUCAAGUAUAAAUAAAAGACACCGUGUAAGACUGAAAAUUGAAGCACAAUACAAUAUUAUCGCUUUAACGUAAUAUCACUAGGGUAGUUUAAGCAGCUAAUUUUUCAACCAAAAAAAAUUCCUACAGUCAACCGAACUACCGAGUGUAUUAAUUUGUGUAAUCAGUUGGAUAUUUUUAAUUUCUUUUCUGUUUUUUCUUUUUUCUUUUUGUUUCGUUUAUUGGAAAAGUUGAUUUUGAUUUUAAGUUUUUAUGCAUAUGGUUGGUGUGUAUAUUGAAUAAUUCAUUUUAUUUUAUUGUUUUUUUUUCUUUUUGCUUUCUAUUUACUAAAGAUUAUGUUUGUUGUUUGUACACGUUAAUAUUACUUACCUACGCGUGAGAAUGUACUUUAUUAUAAUCAUUUAUUAAAUGUUAAUGAAGAUGUUUA